AUGAUAACACUGCAGUUCACCUCUCUUCAUCACCCUCACACAACUCAACACACUCCACCAUCUCACUCAACAUCACAUCAAACACGAACAUUCACCACCACUCUGCAGUUCACCCCUCUUCAUCACCCUCACACAACUCAACACACUCCACCAUCUCACUCGACAUCACAUCAAACACGAACAUUGACGAUAACACUGCAGUUCACCUCUCUUCAUCACCCUCACGCAACUCAACACACUCCACCAUCUCACUCAACAUCACAUCAAACACGAACAUUCACCAUUAAUCUGCAGUUCACCUCUCUUCAUCACCCUCACACAACUCAACACACUCCACCAUCUCACUCAACAUCACAUCAAACACGAACAUUGAUGAUAACACUACAGUUCACCUCUCUUCAUCACCCUCAUAUAACCCAACACACACCACCAUCUCACUCAACAUCACAUCAAACACGAACAUUCACCACCACUCUGCAGUUCACCCCUCUUCAUCACCCUCACACAACUCAACACACUCCACCAUCUCACUCAGCAUCGCAUAGUGUUCGAUUGUUUGUAACAUGUUGCGCCAUGGUAGUGUUCUGGUAUAACUUCAUAGUGGAAUUAGGUGGACUGGUUGGGUUUGUGGUGGAAUGUAUGGGGAUAGAUGAAUGGGGAGUAUCAUUUUGA